AUGGAGUGUGCCGAGUACGAGGUAUCAGAGGUGAGUCGUGUUGGAUGGCCCGGAGACGACAAAGUGGAUCUGAGAGGCAACUCGCUGUCAAUACCCGCUUUCCCCGCGUUGUGUAAGCGCCGAUCUUACAUGCGCAAUUCGCGUGAUGUGUGCGCGCACAAAUGCAAGUCGUCGAACCUGACCCCUUCGCUGGUCUGCCGAGUCCGCAAGGCGCGGGACAACAUCGCCGACCAAUGCACGGACGAUUGUUACAACGGGCCGAACGGCAGUAGUUCUAUGGCUGUUGACCUGAAGGUGGGAUUUGGUGCUCGCUCCAACGGCUCGUGCGGCGGCUACCGCGGCCCCUCAAAGGGGGGCAUCGGCGGCUCGGCCUCACCCUUGCUCUGCGGCGCGCACAAAUGCAGUGACAUCCCGUGCAACAACGUCCGAGUAUCGCCGGAUGCGCAGUGGCCGCCCUCCAGCAUAGGAGUGCUGCAUGACCUGGACAACUAUGUCGAGAUCAACUUCGCGGACUACCGUCCGCUGUAUAACCGCAUAGGCCCGGUCAUGUUCCGCACCUCGCUGCUGGAAGGCCUCUAUUCCCCGGCGGCGGAGCUCCGGCUGACCCCGGAGCUGCGCUCACUCCUGAUUUCCCAGAAUUCCACCCAGCGUGUGGUCUACAACGCCUUUUGGCUGCCCAAGCAGUUCCCCAAAAUCGCCCUAAAGGUGGCGGUGAAAAGCGUCAGGGACUGCAACAUGCGCGACGGCAGGAGCAUCAAGCGCGAGAUUGGCUGCCAUCUGUUCAUCUAUCAGAAGCUGGUCGGCGCCUCGCGGGACGCCUGCCGAUCGUCGCCCAUCGCCACCGACGACUGGCCGACGUCGGAGGUGCUAGGAUACUAUCUGGACAAAAAGAACCCAGGUGUGUCAGUGCUCAUAACUCGGAAGCUGUUCGGCCCGGACUUUUUCGACAUCAUCCGCUCCGAGUGCUCCCCGCGCUUCGCCUCGCGCAACACCCCGCUCUACGAGCUCAACAAGCUGGACUGGUGUAUAAUCGCAAUGGAACGUGUCGCACAGCUGUCGGAGUUGGGCAUUCGCCACAACGACCUGAAGCCCGACAACAUCGUGCUGGACAUGUACGAGUCAGGCGGCGUGAAGCGCGUGGACGUCAAGGUGAUCGACCUGGGCGCGGCGUCUAUGGAACACACCAAGGAAUUCACCGGAGGCACAUCCUGGUACGAGUCGCCCGAGCAGAAGUUGCUGGAAUACUACACGAAGAAACACCACAACUCAAAGCGCGCUCGGACCGUCGACAUCAACCGCGCCUCCGACGCCUGGGGACUGGGCCAGUCGGUCAUCGAGGUGCUGCUCGGGCGACGCAUGGUCGACCACAUGCGGCCGCCAUUCGGCUCCGGACCGCCGGAGCUCAUAGACCCUCCCCAGGAGGUCACCGAGGAGAACACCGAUCGCCUGUGGUGGGAUCGCGACGAGUACUGGACGAUACCGCCGCGCGUAUGGCUGCAGCACAUACGCAGUGUGCUCCAGAUGGACUCCGCCACGCAGAAGUUUCCCAUUUGUGCCCAGGCGGCACGCUACGUCUUCGACCGUCUAAUGCAGGUUGACCCUCAGCAGCGCGCAUCCGUACGGAGCGUCGCCGAGGGCUUACGGCAUCUUGCCAAAUGCGAGAUCGCGAAACACAUAUAG